UUCCACUUCCCAGCUCCAGCUCCUCCAGGCUGAGAGGCAACUCCCGAAAUAGCGCUGCUUGCUGGGAAGACUGCAUGCAGGGAGGGAAAUGGCUGAAUUGAUCUCACCGAUUACUCAACAGGUUUCUUCGGAAAGGUGGACAGCUGCAGCCCCCAUUGCCGACAUCAACCUUAAAGAUGUCGAGGACUGUUUGAUUUACGACCGCCGCGGAGACUCUUUCCUUUUCAAGAGUUUAUAUCAAGACAGCAAAUCGGUCAUCAUUUUCGUCCGGAAUUUCUUGUGCUACAGCUGCAAGGAGUAUGUUGAUGAUUUAAGCAAAGUGCCAAGAGGAGCUCUGGAGGAGGCUGGAAUAAGACUGGUUGUUAUAGGUCAGUCUGCCCAUCAACAUAUAGAGCCUUUCUGCUUGCUGACGGGCUAUUCUCAUGAAAUAUAUGUGGAUCCAAAAAGAUCCAUUUACCUAAAGCUUGGGAUGAAAAGAGAGGAGACAUUCACAGACUCUGCGCUGCCCAGUCCUCAUGUGAAGUCUGGUUUAUUUUUGGGCCAAAUAAAGAGCAUAUGGAGGGCUAUGACCAGCCCUGCCUUUGAUUUUCAAGGUGAUUUGCACCAACAAGGUGGAGCUAUUAUUGCAGGACCAGGCUCUCAAGUUCAAUUUUGUCAUUUUGAUAUGAACCGACUGGAUCACAUGCCCAUCGCCUGGCUCCUCCAACUUGCUGGAGUUCAACAGAGCCUGGACUUCAGUCCUAAACCAAAAAUUAUCCAUGUGUAGCAUUAAUUAAUUUGGGAUUACUCAUUUUCUUUGAGCCGCUAGAAGUCACACUUCUUUUGUUCCUGUUUAUGAUGUAAAUAAAUUAAAGCUCCUGUGUUUCCAAUAUUAUUUUUCAGUCUGUCAGUGGACAGUGGUUAAUAUUUUAAUCUAGUGUCACUUUUAGUCUGAUCUCAUCAGGAUAUAGAUACAAACUGGAUCUGACAUGUUUUGCUUACUUAAGUUGGGAAAGUUCCCAGAACUAUGGGAAUGAGUUCAAAGCAAAAAUCUGAAUACUAAAUGUUUAAAAUGUGAAAAGAUGUAUCAGUAAAAAUCAAAUAGUGAUAACUAGUUCUGCCAGUCUGCAUAAGUUACAGACCUGAAGAUAGAACUGAAUAUGCUAAAUAUUUCAUUUUUGUUUUACAUGCUGUAUUUUCUUUGGCCAGCGUGUUCUCAGCAUUUGUAUAGACUACUCAUGUCACACAUGUCAAAGCAAAAAAAUAGAAUUUUUCUUGUCGUUUUAGUUUUGAAAAGAAAUCACUGUCCUGGGCAAAAUGACUAUUUUGAACCUUUUUACAUUUUUGUUUACUUUCAUGAAAUUUCAUUUGACUGACCAACUUAAAGUUUUGAACAAUUGUGAAAUGGAAGGCAAAUUAUAAUGUGUUUUUUAAAAUUAUUUUUGCUAAUAAAAAACUAUGAAGAACAUUUGUUCUUAGGCCCUCUGAAAAAACAGUUGUUAUAACCAGUAUUUAAUGGCAGUGUUUGAGGGGAAGGCCCAACAAGUUGUGCACACUGAGAGACCGGUAGUUUUGUAUAUUCUUAUAUUUUUUUAUUGCAUCAAUCUCUCUCAAACUUGGAAGUGUCUGAAAAAAACAUUUUUCAAGCAAAUUAAAUUAUACAGCUGGGUUCUGUAGUGCAUGUGGCUCAUUCUGUAUUUUAUUUAGGAGUAUCAGAGUAAAUGAAAAGAGAUGGAAUAUACAUGGACAUGGACUAUAUAAUAUCGCAGCAGCACAAAUAUUAGAAAAUUUCUGAUCAAAUCUAUGAUUAGAGCACAAAUGACUCCAUACAAAAGUACAAAUUGAGUAGUUAUGCAAUAGAUCCUAUAAAAAUGAGCAGCAACACCUUUAUAGAACACUAGAAAAGUGAAUACAAAUGCAAGCCACAUGGAGCAAUUAUUAUUUAAAAAAUAUUUAAACAAUUUUCCUUCUAUCUAACAAAUAAGCUCUGCUUAGUUGAUCUAUCAAACAGAAUCCCAAUUAGAUGCCCUUCAUGCAAGUUUGUUUUCGUAAUGUGAGAAAGUUUUUGCUAAAAGUAUUCACAGCUUUCAACAGGUAUGAGAACUACUUGAAAGAGAUUUCAGAGCUGAGUUAAUUGUUUAUGUUGGCUUUGUUUAGUUUCUAUGACUCCAUUCAUGUUUCUUUGUAUAUAGGAGUGCAAUUUUACAUCUGUACUUUGCGUAAAGUGACGGUUGUACUGUUGUUUGAAUUAAUCUUUUAAGGGUUUUUUAAUCAUAUUAUCAAAUAAAAUGUUAUCUC